ACGCAAAACACGGAAGUGAGCGCAGUGGCUUGUGAUCGGUGUAAAAUGGUUGCGUGCUGAAGCGGCUCCGGGUCUCAGUAAUACCGAGAGAUUUGUUGUUUCUGAGAGAAGGGAAGGAGCGGGGCUGUGCUGCGGUGUAGCCGUGCUCUGGCUGCCUGUGCUGGGGGCUUUUACACAGUGGGGACUCUGUAGCGGAUCACCAUGUCCCUGUUCCAGUCGGCUUUGGGCUUCCUGGCCGGUACCGGCGCCAGCCGGGAUCAACACGACUUCGUGGGUCAGAUAGUGGAGCUCGGAGACACUAAGCUCCGCAUCAAGAGGGUGAUCGCUGAGGGUGGCUUUGCGUUUGUGUAUGAAGCCCAGGAUCUGGGUAACAAUAGAGACUACGCUCUCAAGAGACUUUUGUCCAAUGAGGAAGAGAAGAACAAGGCCAUCAUCCAGGAAGUCUGCUUCAUGAAAAAGCUGUCAGGUCACCCGAAUGUGGUUCAGUUCUGCUCAGCAGCAUCCAUCAGUAAGGAGGAGUCUGACACGGGACAGGCAGAGUUCCUCAUCCUCACUGAGCUCUGUAAAGGUCAGCUGGUGGACUUUGUGAAGAAGGUGGAGCUGAAGGGAGCCAUGUCAUGUGACACCGUGCUGAAGAUUUUCUACCAAUCCUGUCGUGCCGUCCAGCACAUGCACAAACAGAAGCCGCCAAUCAUACACCGGGACCUGAAGAUUGAGAAUCUGUUGAUUGGCCAGCAGGGGACGAUAAAGCUGUGUGACUUUGGCAGUGCCACGACCGUCACACACUACCCCGACUACAGCUGGAGCGCACACAAGAGGUCUAUGGUGGAGGACGAGAUCACUAGGAACACGACGCCAGCGUACAGGACUCCAGAGAUGAUUGACCUCUAUUCCAACUUCCCCAUCAAUGAGAAACAGGACAUAUGGGCCCUGGGCUGUAUCCUGUACCUGCUGUGCUUUAAGCAGCACCCGUUUGAGGAUGGAGCGAAGCUCAGCAUCGUUAACGGCAAAUACACCAUUCCUGAGAACGAGAGUCGCUACACCGUCUUCCACCAGCUCAUCCGCUCCAUGUUGAAAGUGAACCCUGAGGAGCGUCUCUCCAUCACUGAACUGGUCAAUCAGCUGCAGGAAAUCGCAGCUGCCCGUAACGUCAACCCCAAAUCCCCCAUUACCGAGCUGCUGGAGCAGAACGGAGGAUUCGGCAGCAACGUCGCACCAACGCUCACACACACCAACAACACACACCCCGCAGGUGUGUAUGGUGCUGAUCCUGACCAGGGGAUGGGAGGUUUCCUGGACAUUCUUAAAGGAGGAACAGAGCGCUUUUUGACCAACAUUAAAGACACAUCCUCUAAAGUUAUCCAGUCUGUGGCCAGCUCCAGUUAUGCUAAGGGAGAUCUGGACCUGUCUUACAUCACCUCCAGAAUAGCAGUGAUGUCGUUUCCAGCUGAAGGGGUGGAGUCGGCUAUUAAGAACAACAUUGAGGAUGUGCGUCUGUAUCUGGACUCACGGCAUGCGGGUCACUACGCCGUGUAUAACCUGUGUAGACGCUCAUACAGACCGGCUCGCUUCCACAAUCGGGUGUGGGAGUGUGGUUGGCAGGUACGGCGUGUUCCCACUCUGACCAGUUUGUACAACGUGUGUAAGAACAUGCACCAGUGGCUCAAACAGGACCAGAGGAACAUCUGCAUCGUGCACUGCUUGGAUGGACGUGCAGUGUCGGCUGUAGCAGUGUGUUCGUUCUUGUGUUUCUGUCGUCUCUUCUCCACGGCUGAGGCUGCAGUGUACAUGUUCAGCAUGAAGCGCUGUCCUCCAGGGAUCACACCCUCACACAAGAGGUAUAUCGAGUACAUGUGUGACAUGAUGGCAGAGGAGCCCAUAAUCCCCCACAGCAAGCCCAUAAUGCUGCGCUCCAUCAUCAUGACCCCUGUGCCGCUCUUCAACAAGCAGAGGAACGGCAGCAGGCCCUUCUGUGAGGUCUACGUAGGAGACGAGCGAGUCGCCACCACCUCCCAGGAAUACGACAGGAUGAGGGAUUUUAAGAUGGAGGAUGGCAGGGCUGAGAUUCCCCUCAACGUGUUGGUGCAGGGAGACGUGCUGGUUGUCAUCUACCACGCUCGCGCCACACUCGGAGGACGCCUGCAGGCCAAGAUGGCCUCUAUGAAGAUGUUCCAGAUCCAGUUCCACACCGGAUUUGUUCCUCGCAAUGCCACAACCGUCAAAUUCGCCAAGUAUGACCUGGACGCAUGUGACAUCCAGGAGAAAUACCCUGACCUGUUCCAGGUGAAUCUGGAUGUGGAGGUGGAGCCUCGUGAUCGCCCCGCCCACAAGAAUCCACCCUGGGAGAACUUCUCCACUAAAGGCCUCAAUCCCAAGAUCCUGUUCUCCAGCAGAGAUGAGCAGCAGGAGAUCCUGGCCAAGUUUGGGAAACCAGAACUUCCUCGGCAGCCCGGUUCUACAGCGUUCUACGACUCGGGUUGUGUGGAGCCGGAUCAUUCUCCUGAAGAACAGCACACUGAGUCUCCAUCACCUCCCAACACCAGCACAGACUCCAACGCUAACAACUUCUUUCAGACGCUGGACUGGGAGGACAUGGGCAGGUCACACCAUCACUCUGACAUGGUGUCUGGACCAAUGGACGAGCAGGACGACCUGAGCAUCGGCGGCGAAUCGGGCGAGGAGUCCGUCUCCUACUCCACCCCUGCAGAGGGAGCCCUGUCCCGCGAUGCCAGCGAACCCCUGUUUGAGGCCCACUUCACCACCUCUGACCCUCAGCCUGACACCGAGGACCUACUGGGCCUGCACUCUGACCCCUGCCCUCCCACCAUUACCACGGAUACAGGAAUGAAGAGUUGCUCCAGUAACAGUGAUUUGCUGAACGACCUGUUUGGCUCCGCCCCAGGCCCCUCCCAUACCGGGGACACAGAGGACCUGUUCUUUAGUAACGCGUCCAGCCAGACUACAGCUGCCUCGUCUGCCCCCACUUCUACUGCCCCCACAGUGGAUGACCUGUUUGACCCAUUUGGUGUGGGGUCAGGGGUCACAGCUGGAUCAGGCCUGUUUGAUGACCUGCUAAGUUCAGAGAGCAGUGGCUUUAAAGCUCCACCUCCUGCCACCAACUCCAGUCUCUUCAACCUCAAUAAGCUAACAGGGGAUGUGCCCAAGAUGACCUCAUCAGCGAGUCAGCCUGAUUUACUGGGUGGUUGGGAGAGCUGGACCUCUGGGACCUCCAGCACUGCUGCUAGCAUGUCUGCUAAAGCUAAUAAACCUGCUUUCUCUGCUCCAGGUGUGUCCUUAUCUUUCUCAAAGGCAAAGUCUCAGAGCUUUGACCCCUUCGCUGAUCUCGGUAACUUGGGCUCCACUCUGCCAGGCUCUGGAUUUAAAGCAGCACCCCCUACUGGACCAUCAAAGAUGCAGCAGCAAGCCUCGUCUCAAACCUCUAAUAAACCCUGGGCACCUCCAAGCUCUGCCCCCAAACCCAACACUAACCAAUCAGCAAAGCCCAACUACAGCCUAAACUUCAGUGUGAUUGGAGGACGAGAAGAGCGAGGGAUCAGGGGUCCGGGAUUCGGUCCGAAGCCCAAAGUGAAGGAGGAUGAUUUUGAGGAUUUGUUAUGUACUCAGGGAUUCGGGUCGAGACCGGAUAGAAAGGGAGGAGCUCGCACCAUCGCUGAGAUGAGGAGACAGGAACUGAGUAGAGAUAUGGAUCCUCUCAAACUACAGAUUCUGGACUGGAUCGAGGGGAAGGAGAGGAACAUCCGCGCUCUGCUCUCCACGUUACACACGGUGCUGUGGGAGGGAGAGACGCGCUGGAAACCCCCCAGCAUGGCCGACCUGCUCACACCUGACCAGGUGAAGAAGUUCUACAGGAAGGCAGCGCUCAUCGUCCAUCCUGACAAGGCGGCGGGGAAGCCGUACGAGCAGUACGCCAAGAUGAUCUUCAUGGAGCUGAACGACGCCUGGUCCGAAUUCGAGAACCAGGGAUCUAAAGCGAUGUUCUGAGCGACGGCCCCCAAACACUUUUCUCUCUCUCUCGGAGAAAGCAGUGAGGGGUGAUGGAGUGAUUGAUGGAAACCUGCUGGAGAGAAAGAAGGAGCAGAAUAAACACACACCUCUAAACCCAACAUGCCUUUAUACAGCCAGAGAGACAGACAGGAGACGGACUGAGGAAUGGACCUGUCUGUCUCUCAGUGAAAGGACACACAGUUGGACAAGGAGAUUCUCAUCCGCUCUCACACCGUGUGUGUGUGUGUGUGUGUGUGUGUGUGUGUGUGUGUGUGAUGGCGAAGGGAACAAAAGCGAGAGAAAAAAUGUCACUUGAUUUUUGUGUUUUUUUUUAUCUUAUAUCUCUGUUGUCUCUUUCUGGUAUUUAUGUUACUCGUUACUUAUCACUGAUCAGCAUAUCACGUGUGUGUGUGUGUGUGUGUGUGUCGCUCUGAAUGAGGUGCAGCGUCUCGGUGUUGUCCUAUUUAUUGUACGUGAGGCUGCACGCAGGCUGCUGAUGUCACACCUGAGGAGAGAAAUGACGGUGUGUGUGUGUGUGUGUGUGUGUGUGUGUGUGUCACUAAAAUCCAUUCCAAGGCAUCUUCACAUGUGAAUGUGCUUUAUAUAAAGUUCUUAUUAUCAGCUGCA